CAUCCCAAGGCAGCCAUGGCAUUCUCAGGCAAAUACGAGUUCGAGAGCGACGACAACUACGAUGCCUUCGUGCAGAAGAUUGGUCUCCCCAGUGACAAGGCUGAGAUGGGAAGGAACUGCAAGAUUGUGACAGAGGUGGUGCAGAAUGGGAAUGACUUCACGUGGACACAGCACUUCCCAGGAGGCCGCACCACCACCAACACCUUCACUGUGGGCAAGGAGGCAGACAUGGAGACCAUGGGAGGGAAGAAGUUCAAGGCAACUGUCAAAAUGGAAGAUGGGAAACUUGUAGCUGAUUUCCCCAACUACCGCCACACCUCAGAGAUCUGUGGGGGGAAGCUGGUGGAGAUUUCUACUUCUUCUGGUGUAGUCUACAAGAGGACCAGCAAAAAGAUUGCCUAAGGCAGCAAGGCCAGUCUCUUCCAGUGCACUGAAAGCCAACAAUAAAAUAAAUAAAAUAAA